GCGCAUCAUUACCACAGCAUUUACGGCAUCGAUUAUUGGCUUCUGGUCCGCCUGCACGGAACUGAGCUCCCCAGAACUCUGCUGUAAGAUCCAGAGUUUUGCGACACUUGGAACAGCGCUUCUGUUGCAUGAUGGCGCGUCAAUCGCGUCUCGACGCGUGGAAAAACAAGAGGAUGGUCUCAUUCAACAAACGAUAUCAUGGAAAUCGCACGAGAUCACGCAACAUCACCGCACAUCACGGAUCUGUCAAAGUGCGCGAGUGGUGGGGGUGAAUAGUGCUUUGUGCCCUCGAUAAGUAGCAGCUGCCAGGAGCAACAACCAGCGGCACCCGUCCCGAUCUGUUCAUGUACCGUCAUCAAGACCUCGCACUUGGAAUGAUACAGCCCGUUUGUUCGCUUUGAAUCACUAUGAUCGGUGUUCAUAUCACCGAAUCCGACCGUCCUUCUGUGCCAGGUUACUGGCGGUGCUGGUCACCCAACUCCCCUGUAGCAUAACCUCGGCUGUGCGAAAUUUUCUAGAUUUUUGUAAGCGGAGUUAAGUUUGCUUGGACUGCUGCGAUAUGAUUCGUUGCCCCCAAGAGUUGUCCAAGAGAGUCGUUGAUUGGCCAAAGGAUUCUGCUUUAGGAAAUUGAGGGUCUGGACCUUUUUGUUGCCACUCCAACGAGCUCGGCCGCGGUCUCGUCAGCGCAGGGUUGCUCUGUUCAGCUAUCGAGGAUCACGAUGCAUCUGUAACAAGUGUUUGAACGUGUCCGUCAUCCGGCCAGAGGCACCGACAACAGUUUACCACCCACUCUUUCGCUUUCACACAACACGCUUCCCAUUACCAUGAACAUGUACAACCCCGGGCGCCAUUUGGACGAGGGUUUCACGGACGAGGAGGUGUUCUCGGCGAGCAGCGAGCUACUCUCGAAGGUGACAUCAGAGCAGGAAUGCGAAGAACUCGCGCUCAAGCUGCUGGUGUCGCUCCCGAGGUCGAGACUCGCGACGAUACAGAGGAGACUGGCGCCUUUGCUGCAGUUUGAUGUUGUUGGGUCACUCCCGGCGGAAGUCUCUCUCCAGAUAUUCUCGCACCUCCCCGCGCAUACGCUCCUCACCUGCUCCCUCGUCAGCCGGCGCUGGCGCGCGCUCGCGAACGACCAGGCGAUCUGGAAGGAGCUAUGUGAAGGCCGGGGAUGGGUAUGGAAACAGCCUUCGCGCGUGCAUUCAUUUGAUGCGCCGCGGAGCAGGGGCGAAUCGUGGGAGGAUGAUGAGGGGAUGGGUGACUCGGACGAGGAGGAGGAGGAGGAGGACGAGUUCUCCGCCGAUGGGAUCGAGGUGGCGAAAGCCGAGUGGGUCAUGAUGCAGGCGGAACUGGCCGGGCCAGCGACUACUAGUAUGCCGUUGGUCACGGCACGGCCCUCCACCCUGGCACGCUCGAAAUCGAGGACGCGGCACAACUCGGCCCCAGCAGCCCUGAGCGAAACGUCCUACCUGCGGCCUGACUACAAGCGCCUCUUCCAGACCCACACGCGCCUGAACAACCGCGUCCGGAGCGGCUCCUACCGGCUAUCCGCUAUCCAGACCCGCGGCGGCCCGUCGAACGCGCACACCACGACGAUCUACUGUCUCCAGCUGUACACCUAUCCCGCGACCGGGGUGCAGGUGUUGUUCACCGGCUCGCGCGACCGCACUAUCCGCGAAUGGAAUCUGAGCACGGGGCUUGUCGAACGGGUCAUUGCGGGUGUGCACACGAGCUCCGUGCUGAGCAUAUGCGUCCACGACGGUUACCUUGCCAGCGCGAGCAGCGACCGACAAGUCGCCGUCUGGGACCUAUCGAAGAACGCGCUCGUGAAGCUGAUAUCGGAUCACGAGGACAGCGUCCUGUGCGUUCGCAUGGACGGAAGAAGGCUCGCCUCAUGCUCGAAGGACCGGACCGUGCGGACGUACUCGUUUCCAGACCUCGAGCCCCAGUUCGUUCUGGGCGCGCACCGCGCUGCCGUGAAUGCGGUGUCCCUGUCCGGCGAUUUGAUCGUGUCUGGCUCUGGAGAUCGGUCGGUAAGGCUGUGGGACGCGACAACGGGGAAGCUUUUGCGGACUUUCGAGAAUCAUCACAGCCGUGGCAUUGCCUCAAUCGACUUUGCUGCACCGUAUGUUGUGUCUGGGUCAUCGGACAAGCACCUCCGCUUCUUCGACAUAAUGUCCUUCCAAGGAUGGUCCACUUCAGAGGGCGCCUCCCAGGCAACCCCUCUGUCCGCAAGCGGUACUAUCUGCGCGACAUGCGGUAACACCGCCGGGGGAUCGCACGCAGCUCGACCUGGUGUCCAGCGCAGAGUGCAUUCCGAUCUGGUCCGCAGCGUGGCAAUGGGCCCCGAUUUCGUGCUAAGUGGAAGCUACGACUUGUCGAUAAAGGUGUGGGACCGCAAGACUGGUGAGCUGGUCGCAGAUCUCACAGGUGGUCAUUCUGGGCGGAUAUUCUGCAUCGGCUUUGACUGCACGAAAAUCGUUUCGUGCGGAGAAGAUCAGCGUAUAUGUGUCUGGGACUUUUCGCAUGGUAUCGACACUAGUUACAUUCAACUUUGAGGUCUGGACUUGUUUGCGCGCUUUCCUAGCUAUCUGUCGUGCCGCCCCUGCUCACUUUGGCCCGUCGCACUUGCUGCUAUCCACUCUCUUUCCAUUUCAAUCACUUCGUUUUCACUGCUUGUAUCCAGAAAGGAUUUCACUUCAAAUAAAACAUGCAAAAAUUGCAAACUUGACCCAUCGUGAACACUGGAGAAAAUCCGAGCCUUCUUGAGUGGACGGGGUAAUCCAAUAUUGGGAAUCUCAUCCGCAGCAUACUCGUGAGCAACUUCGAAACUCUUCCACACAGCAGACGUAGCCGUACUGUGGAAGCUUAUAGUUGAUAAUCGUGAAGUGAAAACACAACAUGGAAAUGAUGUGCAACAGGCUUGAUCAGAUGUUGUAGAUUGCCAUAGAUUAGAUUAGAUUAGAUUCAAUCACAGCUUAAAU